AUGUGGGGCCCGAAGCGCUGUGCAAUCAGGGUCGCGGGGCCGCGAGACCACGGGAAGGACUUCCGGCAGAGUCCGGAGCCGGGCGGAGAUGGUGAGUGCGCUGACCGGGUCGGAGACUGCGAGGGGCUGGUUCGAACCGUCAGGAACCAGCUGGAAACUGACGCGGGCCGGGGUCUCCACGCCCCUCCCCCAGGGUCACGGCCAGAGUCCCCGCCCUUGGUCGCGGAGUCAGUGGUCUUUGAGGAUGUGGCUGUGGACUUCACCCCAGAGGAGUGGGCUUUGUUGGAUCCGGCUCAGAGGAACCUCUACAGAGAUGUGAUGCUGGAGACCUUCAGGAACCUGGCCUCAGUGGAAACUCAUACUGUUGAGAAACCCUAUGCUUGUAAAGAAUGUGAGAAAUCCUUCUCUUCUCCCUCUUCUCUUAGAAAACAUGCAAGGAUGCACACUGGAGAGAAAGCCUAUAGAUGUGUGGAAUGUGGGAAAGCCUACAGCUGGCCCUCAGACCUUAGGAUUCACAUGAGGACACACUCUGGAGAAAAGCCUUAUGAAUGUAAACAGUGUGGAAAAUCUUUCAGUUCUCCUUCAUCCUUUAAGGGACAUUUGCGAACUCACACUGGAGAGAAACCUUACGCAUGUAACAAAUGUGGGAAAGCCUUCAGUAGUCCUUCGUACUUUAGAACACAUGUGCGAAUUCACACUGGAGUGAAACCCUAUGUGUGUAAGCAAUGUGGGAAAGCUUUCAGCUGGUCAUCAUCAUUUCGAGGACAUUUGAGAACUCACAGUAGAGAGAAACCGUAUGAAUGUAAGGAAUGUGGUAAAGCCUUCAGUAGGCUUUCAUCCUUACAAAGACAUGUGAGAAUUCACACUGGGGAGAAACUCUGA